AUGAAGAAUAUAUCACUCCUGAUAUCCGCCUCCCUCAUUGGAAAAUCGGAAGCCUUCUCCUCAACAGGUACAGUAGUAGGAACCUCUGCCAUUAGACCAAAUUCUGCCUUGAAAGACGCUGCCAUGUUGGACCCAACCGCCAUCCUCCAAGGAGGUGAUCCAUUGAUGCUUGCUGCAGGAGGUGCGGUGGCAGCAGUGGCUGCAGCGGCAGCGGCUUUCUUGGAAAACAACAACAAGGAUACCUCUGGUGUUGCCAGUGGAAAAGCAGGGGUUGCCGAACCCGAAGCCAUUGAUGUUUCCAUUCCCUACAAUUCGGCUGCCUUGCUCGCAUUUUCGGAAGCCAAGUUGCCCAAGUCCAAGUCCAAGUUUGACGAAUUCGAGUCUCUCUAUGUUGCCAAGACGGUUGCAGAUGUGACGGUUAAGAAGAUGGCCAGGGAUGUUGUGGCGAUGGAAAAGGUUGCAGCCAAGCUCACCAAGGACUUGGAAGCUUUGUCGUAA